AUGUCUCCAUCCUUACAAUCCCGAGCCAAAGGCGCCAUUUGGGGCGUCUGCGUAGCCGACGCCCUCGGCGGCCCCGUACAAUUCAGAGACCCAGGAACCUUCGAACCGAUCACAGGCUUAAGAUUUGUUACACCCUUCAAACAACCAGCUGGCUCCUACUCCGACGACGGGUCUAUGACCCUAGCCUUGGCAUGCUCAUUCAACAAGUCCAAUAUGCAAUACAACCAUGAGCUGGCAAUCCAGCACUUUGUCGAGUGGAGAACCAAAGGCCGUUUCAGCACUAUCAACCGCUCAUGGGAUGUCGGACGCUCCACUCGCACCUCACUUCAAAUAUGGGUGAAGUGUGGCAUGGAAGGUGGUGAUUUCGAACUUGCCCAGGCGAAGGUCACUAACAAAUUGAAUCGCGAUGAGUUCUCCGGGAAUGGGAGCUUGAUGCGGAUCGUCCCGAUUGGGUUGGUUUACUGGCAAGAUUCGGAAUUGGCGAGAAAAACUGCCAGAAAACAUAGCCAGAUCACUCAUCCUUCGCUCACGUGUGUGGAAGCCUGUGAAGCGUAUACGGAGUUGGUGUGUAGGGUUAUGAAUGGUCAAACGAAGAAAGAAAUCGUCCACGCGGUCUCCGUGUUCCCAUUUACUCAUCCUGCCCUGAAGGAGCGCCUGUCACAGCACAGAUACAAAACGAUCAACGAUUGGGAGGUGAAGGCGCCCAGUGAUAUGAGGAGUAGUGGAUGGGUUGUCGAUACACUUGAAUGUGCUCUGUGGGCAUUCUUCAAGUAUGAUACCUGGAAGGAGGGGGCGUUGGCAGUUGUCAAUCUGGGUGGUGACUCGGAUACUGCAGGGGCUGUUUAUGGAGGUCUCGCGGGGGCGUUCUAUGGAUUUGAUGCUAUUCCUGGUGAAUGGGUGGAUGGGAUGCAGAAGAAAGGGUUCAUUGAAAGUAUUGCUGGUGCUCUAUCAGAUGGGAUUGCUUGA